CGGACACUCGUACGGCGACCGCGAACGUGAUAACUCCUUUCCUGUUCCUGUUUCUUCCCAAAGGAACACGAAGAAUAACUCUUUUUGAACUUUCGACGAAAGUGUUCAUUUUCUUGAACAAAACUUCGAUAUCACGUGGGAACAUUCCGACACAUCGAUUAUUUUUUUCAAGAGGAUUUGGAGCAUCAGAAACGAAGCUGAUGAUCGGUGUUAUCAACUAAAAUUGACAGUACGUUCUAACUUUUUCUAAUUUCAAAGGAUCAGUUUAACUCUAGAGGCAUCAAUUUCAAAUGUGCCGCGCGCGGGAAAAUUUUGGAUAACUCAAUUAUCUUAAACGUCAUUAAAAUUGUCGGUUUGCAAUCGAUUUUUUUUUAUCCAUCUAUGUAUGUUCGAGGCAUGCAAAGUUAAUAGGUCAAAUACUAUCGCGCGCAUUCACAAUAACUCGUCUUGCACUCGUCUGUCACAUUUGAUAGAUUUUCUCUUGACAAAAGGAGGCGCGCUUUUCUUUCGCUCUCUUUUUCUCUUUCUUUCUCUCGCCCUCUCUCGGCCUCUCUCUCAGUCUCUCUUUCUCUGGCCCUACAAUAAAAAGUACUUUCAGAAGGAAGAGGGGAAACUGGCACGGCAGCUUUUCAACUAACUUCCAUUCAAAUUUUGACAUACUCGUUUAGACGAUAAGUUGAAAGAAGUCAUUAAGAAAAGUAAUAAGUCGAGAAGAAAAUAAUUUUUUGAAAGGGCUUUCGCGAAACAAUCGCGAAUAAGGUCGAUUCUUUCGCUCGAAAGAUUUCAACGACCUUCCUUCGUAUCGUUCCUUUUUCUUCUCACAUUGCAUCGCUUGACACGCACGCACGCUCUCACAUUUCUAAGAAAUAAUACAGGUUUUAAUUAAGUUCGAUAAGAGGAUAUUCUUCGCGUAACCUUACGGAAGUCGACUUUCUCCCACGCGCUAAUUAACUUCGUUAAACCUCUUCUCUGCACAUGACCUCUUCUUUUCCGUAUAAGUGUAAUUCAAUAUUCAAAGGAAUAAGUUGGAAGAGAGAAAGAGAAGGAGAGCUCGAGCAUCUUAUAAAUUUCCUUAGAAGAAGGAACGAAACCGUAAUUGGUAUUUAUCAACGAGAGAAUACAUUUUCUCAAUUCUUUUCACUGUCGAAUCCAACGAAAGGAAAUAAAGUAAUAAGAGCGAAGGCCGAGCACGAAAUCGCAGCCAAGCUAAUUUUGUCUACCGAUUGAAUUUACUCUGUUAGAUACACACAACAGACACGUUGUUCCAAUAAGCUUAGAAAUCGAUAGACGUUCGGUCGAAAACAAAAGCAUUCUAACGGAUUUAACAAUAAGUCUUACGUUCCAAAUUGGCGCCAUUUAUUCGGACGAUUUUAGAUCGAAAACAAGUACGUAAUUACUUACUUACUUACGUACAAUGUUUCAUCGUUUAUUCGAUAUUCGCGAAUACGUCUCUGGAUUCGAUGUUGACGCUCGUUAGCACAAGAGCGUCCCUAAUUAACAUACCGAUCGGUACCUUCAACGACUAUAGAGAGAGAAGGAGGGGAAGGGAUUAAAUCCACAAACAAGGGAAACAUAUAUCAAUGACAAGCGGAAGAUCAUCGAUACAUAGGUCGACCCGAUGUACUUCGAAAUCCAUUGGCCGAGAUCCAAUGAAGAAUUCAGUGUGGGAAAAUGUGGAAGUAUGAAACUUCCGAGUGGAUUUCCAGUUUAUACGGGCCACCACCACUCGUGUCACGUUUCGAGAGUCAUUAAGGAAAAAAAAUGGGGGCCAACCAAUCGAACAGAAGCGUACCUACUCCAGGAGAAGAAGGUUUGCAUAGUGCAAAAGAGAGACCGUACAGGCAACAUGUAUGCGAUGAAAUACGUCCACAAAGGAGAAUGUGCUGAGAGAGGAGCAUUAAAAAAUGUCGCGAGAGAGGUCGAAAUUCUUUCCAAAUUGGAACAUCCGUGUCUGGUGAAUCUGUGGUUCAGUUUCCAAGACGAAGAGGACCUGUUUAUGGUAUCGGAUUUGUUGUUGGGUGGCGACUUGCGGUAUCACAUACAACAGAAAAUCGAAUUCUCCGAGGAAAGCAUAGUUCUUUUCGUCGCAGAGAUCGCUCUCGCUCUCGACUAUCUACAAAGUCAUAAGAUUGUUCACAGAGACAUCAAACCUGACAAUAUCCUGUUGGACGAGGAGGGGCAUGCACGCGUGACGGACUUCAAUAUUGCCACUGAAUUGGAGGAUGGACAGUUGGCAACUUCGAUGUCAGGCACGAAGCCGUACAUAGCGCCAGAGAUUUACAUGUGCUCGUGCGAGGAAUACGGUGUCCUUGGCUAUGGAUUUGCCGUCGAUUGGUGGAGUUUGGGAAUUCUCGCUUGGGAGACUUUGGCCGGUGAACGUCCUUAUUCUCUUCACUCAACGACUUCUUACAGAGAAGCUCUGAGGAUUUUGCAGGAAGAAAGGGGAAAGCCAUCUCACUGGAGUUCUGCAAUAUGCGACCUCUUAGACAGAUUGUUAACUUUAGCACCAGGUGCUAGGGUCUCGACUUUAAAGGAACUCAAGCAGAUUGCAGUGAUAAGAAGUUUGGACUUUGAUAAAAUAUUGAACAAACAGAUAAAACCGCCCUUUGCGCCACCAAAGGAUCAUCUCAAUUGCGAUCCCACGUUCGAACUCGAGGAGAUGAUUAUCGAGGCGAAGCCAUUGCAUAAGAAAAAAAAACGUUUGACCAAACAAAGAUCCAUCAGAGCCGAGUCGACGGCAGACGAUGCUGUGAAAUUUGCGGAAGGUGACGGUAUGGAUCUAAGAAGAUUGGCCUUUAUCCCAGAAUAUCGCGUGUACAAUCGUGAAAGAGAAAUGGAGAGAUUGGAGAGGGAACGAAAGGAGAAACAAUGGGAGGAGGAACUGAACACUGCCAUGAUGGGUGCCGAUGAGACGGCAAAAAAAGAAGAACAGCAACAGCAAGAGCAACAGCAACGACAACAGCAACAACAACAGAAAGCACAGAAAAGUGGGAACAGAUUGAACGUCUCAAACGUGAAAGCUCGAAUCAGUGCUUCUCCUAGACUUAAUCGAAGGGCGAGCACUGCGACGUCCUCCGACAUCGAUUACAUCGAUGCCAGCCCUGAACCAUCUACAUCUUAAUUAAUUCAAUCAUUUUUUACAGGAAUCUUAUAAAACAACAGUGUCUAUAAGAUAUAAAUCGUGAUUGAUCGGUCGAUCACAUAACAAUUACCAUUAUCGACCAAUAUAAUAUUCCAUAGCUUUGCGUAAAGAUGAUCGUGCAAAAAACGCUGUAAUAUUAAUUUAAAGUAGAUACUGAUUAGGUUUGCAUUUUGAAUAGUAGAUCUUUUAGAGAAAAUAAAUAAUAAGGAUCAUUAGUAGAAAUACGGCGAAAGAUUAUGAAAGAUGUUUAUAGAAUCGAUCCGCGCGUUAUAUACGCCAAGUGGAAAAGAUUUCUUUGAGAAUUUAUUUAACGAAACGAUUGAAUCUCGUGCAAAUACACUUUGCCGAUUCAUCGUUUCCUUUCCAAAAAGUUCCUUAUUACUUAUAGUUUAACGUUACUCCGUCGCGUUGUUAGAAAAUUUCUCGAGUACAUUGUUAGAAAUAACAAACAAAAUCAUUUUCACUAAAGGAUAUCACGUUUGUAAAAGGUAAAUGCGAUCCGUGAUAUGAGAGAUAUGGCAGACAGGAUUCGUAAAGCUUUCGGAACGGAAGAAAAAUCUCCGCUCUCUUCUAUAAUUGGAAUUGAUGGAUCGAAUGCAGACCACGUUUUGUCCGAGAAUCGUCAAGUAAUCGAUAAGAAUGGCGCCUAGUCGACUAAACGAAACAACACAUUGAAUCUUUUCUCGAUUUUCUUCUCCCACUUGCGUUCACAAAACGCUCCGUUUUAUAAACGUACAAAUUAUAAAAAUCCUUUUACAAUAAUCAACGUACUUUUUGAAUGAUAAUACUUUUUAUUCUUUUCAAAUUUUUUAAACAUACUUGUUAUUUUUCUUUCUCUCCGAGUAUUUAUACAUUUAUCAAGCUUAUUUCUAGUCAAAAUUGCAAAAUACAUAUGUAUGUAAAGUAUGUAUAAAAUAGAUUGAUGUCGUUAAUAAUUACGUCGAAUUAUUCAUCAUUGUAUAUAAAUGCAUACGUAUAAAAUAGGGGAAAAAAAAAUAUAAUGUGUUAUAACAAUAAAAAAGUGACAAAUGAAGAAAAGAAGAAAAGAAGAAAAGAAAAAAAAAGAAAAAAAGAUAUUUUCUUUAUACGUAGAAUUUGUAUACAUUGUGACAAUUAUAAAAACAUAGUAUGUUAAUAUAUUAAUAAAAGUAAAUAUCAUCGUGA